AUGGAGGCCGAGGCGGGUGUCGCGGCCCAGGGUGCUUGUGACUCCCUGUUGGCCUUGGCACAGGAAGGUGAUGCUGUGGAGGUGAGGGCCCAGGAGCUGUGCAGUGUAGACUUGGGACUGGGACUGGACCACGUGUGCCAGGGGUUGGCAGGGAACCAAAUGUUGGUGUCUGGGGACAGUCUCUUGGCUGCAGGGAGUGCAAGUGUGGCAGCAGCAGGUGCGGAGUUGAGGCCACAUGAGGUGGGCAGAGGGGAGGCUGUGUUGGCUGAGUCGCAGCUGGGGGACCAUGAAAAGCCUGAGGUCCAGCAGAGUGCUUCCAUGGCUGAGCUAUUGGAAGAGGAGCAGGGACCACAGAGUGCACUGGUAUCAGGGGAGCAGUUUGUGGCAGAAGGGGCAGACCUCAUACACGUGGUGCAGGUUUGGGCAGAGGAUGAAAGUUUGGGGUCAGAGGCCAAGGUCUGGUUAGACCUGCAUGUGGGCAGGCAGGAGGAAGUGUUGGCUGAGGGCUCCUUAGUGGAGGGAGAGGAGGAUGAGGUCCCAGGGCAGCCAGAAGCAGCUGGGGAGUGGGACCAGGAGCAGGGGGUUCAGGGCCAAUGGGCGGCUUGGGAAGAGUCUGUGCUAGAGAGGGCCGGCUUCAGAGUGCAGGGGCAGGCGCUAGAGGCGCUCCAGUUGGAGAUGGAGCCCGUGAAUGAGCAAGCCAGGAGAGCCUUCUCCCGCCUCCAGCAAAGGAAUUGGCAGAGGAGAAAGCCCCACCUGGAACUCAGAAGCUCCAUUAUCCAGAGUCUGCGUGGAUUCUGGGCCAAAGCUUUUGUCAACCACCCUGAGUUGUCAGCCAUGAUCAGUGAGCAAGAUGAAAGCAUGCUGAGCUUCAUGACUGACUUGAAGGUGGAGAACGGCAGUGACCGCUGCAAGAUCAUGCUGUUGUUUCGCAGAAACCCCUACUUCUGCAAUGAUGUGAUUGUCAAGGAGUACCUCAUCACCCUGACAGGGUACAGGUCCUGCUAUUCCACUCCCAUUCAGUGGCACAAGCGGUAUGAGCGGGAGGCCUACAGGCGCAAGCACAACAACAGCAGCCUUAACUUCUUCAACUGGUUCUCUGAACACAGCCUGGCAGGCUCUGGCAGGAUUGCAGAGUGCAUCUGUGGUGACCUGUGGUCCAAUCCCCUGAAGUACUACAGGAAGAAGAUGGCAGCAGUUGAGGGGUCCGAGGAGAGGACAGGUGAAGAGUCCUUGGCUGGGUACUGGGCCGAGGUUUAG